GGAAAGUUGUCAUAAAGGCUCAACAGCUGUUCCGAGAGGUACCGUAGCUAAUUAAACAGGUUGUUUACUUAAAGAAUUACAGACACCUCCGGGUUUUCUGAGGACUUCCGUGCUGCGUGUUCCUGCCUCGGACUGAGCACCGCAACCUGUUUUCUCCAUUUUUGAACGCAGCUCCUGCAAACACACACAAACUGCAGAAUGACAACACAUUUCAGGAGCGGCCCGGCCUUUGGACUUUCCGCUGAGGUUAAGAGUAAGUUGGCUGGGAAGUAUGACCUACACAAGGAAGAAGAGCUGAGGCUGUGGAUUGAGGACGUGACCGGCAAACGAAUUGGAGAGAACUUCAUGGAGAGUCUGAAGGAUGGAGUCCUCUUGUGCGAACUCAUUAAUAUUCUACAGCCAGGCUCUGUGAGGAAGAUCAACCCCUCCAGUCAGAACUGGCACCAGCUGGAAAACAUAGGAAAUUUUGUUCGUGCCAUCACGGAGUACGGCCUGAAGCCACAUGACAUCUUUGAAGCCAACGAUCUGUUUGAAAACGUCAACCACACACAGGUUCAGAGUACGCUCAUCGCCCUGGCUGGAAUGGCCAAAUCUAAAGGUUUCCAUUCAAAGUAUGAUCUAGGAGUUAAGUAUGCUGAGAAGCAGCAGCGACACUUUGCUCCAGAGAAGCUCAGGGAAGGACGGAACAUCAUAGGCCUGCAGAUGGGCACCAACAAGCUUGCCAGCCAAAAGGGCAUGACCUCUUAUGGUACACGUCGUCAUCUGUACGAUGCCAAGAUUGCCAUGGACACCCCAAUGGACCAGUCCACCAUCAGCCUACAAAUGGGCACCAACAAGGGAGCCAGCCAGGCCGGCAUGAUGGCACCAGGAACCAGGCGGCACAUCUUUGACAAGAACCUGCAGCUGGAGAAAUGCGACACCUCUACCAUCUCUCUGCAGAUGGGCACCAACAAAGUGGCCUCCCAACAGGGCAUGACCACCUACGGCCUGCCCCGCCAGGUCUACGACACCAAAUACUGCACCAACCCCAUCGAGACCUACUACAACAACGGGAGCGAGCUCGAGUUUGAUGGCUACAACCAGUACUCUGACUAAAGAAGCCACAGACAGCCUCCCCUCUCGCCCCGCCAUUCCUUCCCUUCGCUUUAACGCUCGACAACCCACCACAGCUGUCUCUGCGACGAGCAAAACUUCCAGACUGUUAUUUGACUGUGAAUUACAUCAUUUUUCUAAACAUGUUCUUACCCCUAAGAAUUUUAUAUUUUGCUUUUCCAUGAGCACGAGACAAUAUAUUGUUUACACCAGCCUUGCGUUGAAAAUGUUCAUGCUGUGGCCAACUUCUGUUGCCCUAGUUAUUGUUUUUAUUGGUAGAAAAUACCCACACAGCACACAGAAGUUGAGAUGUAUUGAUCUUUACUAUUUAUAGUUUUUCUUAAACUACAUUUUAUUCUUUUUAUCAAAGAUUUUAACUCCCGACA